AUGAUCUCUACCCAGGACGAUUGGGCCGCCAACCUGGCCGAGCACUCCAAGCUAGAGGAGCUCUCCGGCUGUUCUGUCGCUAUCGAUGCCGCCGACCACCUCACCCGUCUGCUCAACGACCCGCAAUGGAAGGAGCCGCUGCUCCCCGCCCUGGGCGGUCUGCCAUUCUCGAUGAAGCGCCUUGUGCUCGACGACCUGCAGCGCUGGAAGAACCACAACAUCACGCCGCUCUUCGUCUUCAACGGUCUGGAAUUUGGCCAGCGCGACAGAUCAUUCCGCACCUCAGACGACGCCUCGCGCGUCACCGCCGAAGCUUGGGAGCUCUACAACCAGAGUGAGGCCGAACGCGCAGUGCAGACAUUUGGGGAGGCUCCUUCAACCAGGACCGAUGACUACCUGCGCAACUUCCAGUUUCUCUUGAACGAAGCUGGCGCCGAGUUCAUCGUCGCGCCCUACACCGCGUGGGCCCAGCUUGCAUACCUCGAGAAGAGCGCAAAGCACCUCUGGCAAGCCAUUGCUGGUCCGUCCGAGCUGCUCUUCUUUGAUAUCGAGAGGGUGAUCACGGCGUGGGACUGGGAGCGCGGCGAGUUUACAUGGAUGGGCAGGCGGCAAUGCAUGAGCGACCUGGGCAACCUGGGGCCCGACCAGUUCAUCGACGCGUGCCUGUUGGCAGGCUCUGAGCUACUGCCUCCCCUGCCCAUGCUCGAAACUCGCAGGAACAAGCCCAAGAUUAGGAGCGCCGUCGAGAUGAUGAUGUCGCUAGGUCGCACCGGCAUGUCCGUCUGCCAGAACUACCAGGAUGACCCGAAGCUCCGCUCUAUGAACUACACCGACAAGUUUAUGCGGGCCAAGAUGUCCAUUCAGCACCAUAUCAUCAUCACCCUCGAUGGAAAGGUCGAAGUCCUCAACAAUGACCGCGCACCUAGCGAUGUCCACGAAUUCAUGAGCCAGCGUCUUCCCGAUGAAGUUUACUUCUACCUCUCCAGGGGUGCCAUUGGCUCGAGGGUUCUCACUGCACGCACGUCCGCGGAGAUUAUUGAGAUUGCCCCGCUGGACGGCGGUGAAUCCCUAGAGUAUCGUGAGCUCGUGCGCGACCAGCUUGUUCCCCUUCGCAACACUGCCAUCUCCCUCCUCUCGUCGUCGCUGCAUCGCUUCUACCAGCACAAGCACGUCUCGCUCUACACAUGGUUCGACCGCAACAAUGCUAAGACCAUCUCUCUGAGGGAUAUGUCGGAUUUCCGUCCCAUCCUUGCUAAUUGGAAUGUGAAGGCUGCGCUGAUCCAAGAGAAGGUCAAGUCGUUGGAAGGAGCGGAGACGAUUGGCUUCGCGAUCCAAUCUCUGAAGGAUGCCGAUUUUGCUGCGAAGACACUGAUCAAGAGGGACACGUCGAAGCUUUUGAGCGCCAGUGACGAGCUGAUUUACAACUCCGUCUGGCGAUUCCUGCAGCUGCGUGAAUUCAUUGACUCUAAGCACAACCUCACGCCGUGGGGUGAGGCUCUCAACGCGGCCAUUACGGCGCUCAAUGGGCGCUCGGAGCUGGAAGAGGCUGUCUUCAUCGCCAUGGAGCUCACCCGCCUCAACAUCCUCACCUCCAAAAACAUGUUCCCUUCGUACGGCGGCCCGCCCAUCCGUGGCUCCGAGACCGACAAGCGCAACAACCUCCUCGUGUCUCGAGUCGCCUGUUUGGGUAGGCUCCGCCACAGGCCAAUCGGCUUCACCGGCCCACUGAGCAGGCACUUGCUUGGCUACCACUCGGUCAUCUCUUCGGUACGCAGCAGCCUUCGUGAUCUCGCUGAGGUCAGUCUUACGACGCUUCUUCUCAACGGAGAUGCCGAGCGUGAUCGCAGCGACUACAUCGACCUCGGAAUCAAGCUGCCGUUUGGCAUUCCCAACGACUGCGCCAUGGGCAUUGCGGUUAAGUCCUACCUCGACGAACUUCACAUCCAGCCCGACCCGACGACUCCUGAAGCGAAGGCCAGCACCAAGACUCGCGCGGCGCGUGAUUGGUUCCCUGAGAGCAUUGAUUUCAUCGGCGAUCUCGACAUUGCCUUCAAGCUUUGGGAUGCCGUGUACGCCGGUAUCAAGAAGGCGAGUGAUGCCGGCCUGGUGAGAGAUGGCGCAGCUUGGGACGAGGUGAACAAGUGGCUUGCACCUAGACGCUGA